UGCUUUGUUUAAUGCAGAAACCAUUUACCUGAAAUAAUUUUUCCCAUUUUCACGUUCCUAUCCAAACUGACCGUUGAAAAAUUACCCAGUAAUACCGAACCUGAACAUAUUGUGCAUAUUGUGAAUGUUUUCUCCCUGUUACAGUUAACCCUGAGCGGUUAUCCCCGCUCCCAGCAACAUUAUCCUUUCAUUAUUCCCAAAAGGAUCCCAUGGUGCGUAAAGUGCAGGGAGGUGUGGCUCGGUUCGGAUGACAUCAGCCUCCUGCUGGAUAUGUGCAUGUAUUCAGAGUCUGAGUCAGUUCGGCUCCUGGAGAACCAGGAGCUGCAGCCACCAUGAAGGUGGAGGAGCUGUCUGAGUGGAACCUGCAGUGCAGACCAGCACGGAGCUGAUCCCGGACUCGCGGCGUGCAGUGGACUUGGUCCUGUCUGAAGGUUCGUGGGUUGAGGUCCCUCUUGGAUAUCUUUCUGUGGAAAAGACCCGGAACUCUGUGAGGGAUCGGUGCCGGUCCGAACCGGACAGUGGGGAUGGAUCCCUCCAGCUUGUUCCUGUUAUUUCUCUCUCUGGCUUUCUGUAUCCAGGACGGGUUGUGCCAACAUCUGAACCACUUUAUCCGGCCUAUCCCCAGCGACUCUCUUCCCGUGGACGUCCUGAAGGAGGAACCGGACCCGAUGCUGGACCCAAAGGAGAAGGACCUGAACGGGACGGAGCUCAGGAGCCUCCUGGGUAGCCACUUCAACCCGGACUUCAUGUCCGUGUCACCACCUGAGGACCUUUACGAGGAUGACCCGGAUCAGAUCCCAAAGUUCUCUGGACAGCACCUCCAUGGUUCGGAGCACCUCCAGCUCCGAACCCUGGAGCUGGAGGUGCUAUUCGGAAAGAAGCAGAAGGCGAACCGCAAGCUGCGCAGGAUGCUGUGGGCCUACACGCUGUGUCCGGUGGUUUACGCAUGGACCGAACUGGGCUGGCGGUUCUGGCCGCGCUACCUUAAGGUGGGUAGCUGCUACAGUAAGCGGUCCUGUUCGGUUCCGGAGGGGAUGGUGUGCAAACCUGCAAAAGCGACACAUUUAACCUUCUUGAGAUGGCACUGUCUGCAGAAGAAGGUUCCGCUGAGGUGCUCCUGGAUCCACAUCCAGUACCCGGUCAUAUCCGAGUGCAAAUGCACCUGUCCCACCUGAGGACCAGUUCGGCUCAGUUCUGAACUGGCAGCUGCAGGGAGCUAUACACGUCACUGUUCACAUUUGCUCCGUGAACUGUUCAAAUCUCAGAGGAGAAUCACUUUCAGCUUCUUCAAGAUGUUCGGUUCCCCUCAGCCUGUUUCCUGCUGUUCAUCUUGUUAUUUCAGGACUAAACUUUAUAAAUGAUGAUCAGUUUUCUAAUCAAAGCUAUAAAUCGUGUGUCUGCAUCUUGUUUAUGUAACUGAAUUAUACUUCAGUUUUCAGGUCAGGAAAAUAAUCUGAACGAAUUUCGAUUGUUUCCUGCAAGAAGUUCUGUUUAAAACUUGGAAUAAAUUCCUUCCGUUGCCUGUAAAGGUGAACUCUUUGUUAGUUUAUUCACGAAUAUGUGAAGAUUUGUUGAAACUGAACUGUUCCUACACUGUGGGAUCAGAUAAUGAUCAGACACAACAGAUUUAUCAGUGAUCAGGUAUUUUACUGGGAGUUUUUAUGAUGUUCAAACCUCCCAGUCACAGGGGCAUCCAGGGUUAUUUCGACUGCUUGGAGGGAAAAGUCCAGGAUUAGACAGUAACAGCAGCUAGGUCCAUAUCCACAAGACACAAUUCAAAGGAAUCAACAUCGGAAUAAAAUGUAAAUAAAUAAAUAGAUAACGUCACAUUUGAUCUUACUCAGCUUUGUAGUUGCUUGGACAUGAUGACAGAGAUGAAAAUGGCCAGAAUCAUUCUGAACUGUUGUGCUUAAAAUAACUUUUAAAGACAGACAUGAAUUGUUUACACUAUUCUGUCCUGACCUUUUGUCAGAAAAUCCUGACCUUUUGUACCAAAAAAAUGUUUGUCAUUUAAUGUGUACAAUAAUAAAAACUCAGAUUUCUUCAAAAAAAAAAAA